AUGUUGACCGUUACACUUUCUGUGUUAUUAUCUUUACUAUCAAAUACAAACUCUCAAAUUAUUCCACUACGAUUUGAUUUAGCAAUUAAUCGUUUACUACAAUAUCAACAUUUUUCACUCGCCAAUCUAAUUAAAGAUGUAGAUUAUAAUCUCACACCUGAACAAAUGUUAGAAUAUAUGUCUUUGUCAUUAUCGAAUAACGAGACUAGUCCAUGUGAACGAGACUUUGAAAUAACUCUUCAAGCAGCAUUAAACCGUCAUACAUGGGCACUCAAAGUAUUCGAUGCUUGGGGCAAACCAUUACCUUCUGGUAUACUCAAAGGUAAUGUUUAUUGGGUGGGGAAUUAUGAUGAAUGUAUACGUCCGAUGUAUGAUUCAGCAAAUAAAUCAUUCAUAUCCCAACCAUUCAAUACACAACAUUGUACUCUUGUACCACCAGCAUCUCAAUCCAAUUCGAAUUCGAUUUCAAAUUCAAUAGCUUCUCUUGUUUUUGGUCUUUGUGUUCCCUCCUCAUGUGAUAAACAAUCAGUCGCCUCUUUAAUUCAUACACUUUUCGAACAAAAUAAUAUUACUCAAGAUAAUCUUGUUUGUUCAAACGAUCCACCGAAUGGACAAAAAGGUCUUACAAAUGGAGCAAUAGUAACGAUUGUUAUUCUUUCACUUUUGGGUUUACUUGUUCUCAUUGGAACAAUCAUUGAUCUUAUUCUUAUGUCGAAACUUAAUUCAGUUGGUAAUCUAACAAUACAUAAUGAUGCAUAUAAUCAAGAUGAAGGUGAAAUGACCAGUCAACCUGAAUCACGUGUAACAUCAAAAUAUUUUUCUCUUAAUCUAACAUCACGAACAGUUUUUCUAGCUGAUUUUUCUGCAUUAAAAUCGCUCCGUCGAAUAUUUACAAUCAAAGAAAAAUCUAGUGGUGAUAAGAAUGACUCAUUUUUGUUUAUUAAUGGUAUUCGUGUAUUAUCUUUAUUUUGGAUAAUUAUUGCUCAUUCAUUACUUUAUGGUUUAUCUUAUACAAGUAAUGUAACAGAUAUUCUUAUUUCGAAACGUAAUAUAGCAUUUCAAUUAGUAUCAAGUGCUCAAUUUAGUGUUGAUACAUUUUUUGUUCUAAGUGGUUUUUUAACUGCAAUUUUAUUUGUUCGCCAUGUGAAGAAAGAAGGGAAACUAUCGUUUCGUUUAAUGUUUCUUUAUUAUAUUCAUCGAUAUAUUCGAUUAACACCAGCAUUUCUGCUAAUGGUUCUUGUUAGUAUUAAUUUAACACCAUAUUUUGGACAAGGACCAGUAUAUCCAAUUGAACAAGGAUUUGAAUCGAAAGGUUGUCGUACACGAUAUUGGUGGACAUCGAUUCUUUAUGUUGGUAAUAUAGUAAGACCAGAUGAUAUGUGUUUAAAUAUUGCAUGGUAUCUACAUAAUGAUAUGCAAUUUCAUUGGAUUGCACCAUUAACUUUAAUUCCAUUUACUCUUGGACGAAAGACAUUAUCUUUUAUUAUUGCUACGCUUUUUGUUUUCGUUGGAAUUGGAUCAAUUUUAAGUAUUCUUCUUUAUUAUCCGAAUAUGUCACUCAAUGAUCCAACUGGUUUAACUAAUAAUGGUGGUGGUGGUCCGACUUUCUACAAAACUGUUUAUGUUACACCUUGGUGUCGUAUAUCUGCAUAUGCUGUUGGACUUUUAACUGGAUAUAUAAUUAUAAUUACUGGUCGUCAAGAUAGAAUUAAUAGAUGCAGUAAAAUUAUUGGAACUAUUCUAGUUAUUAUCAUUUGUUUGGCGUGUCUAUUUACGACUUAUCCUGAUAGUAUUCAUGUACCAGGUCUAAGUCGACCAGUAAUUGUAGCAUAUGUAUCACUUUCGCGAACAUUUUGGUCAAUUGUUAUUGGUUGGCUUUUAUUUUUAUGUAGCACAAAUCAAGGUGGAAUAGUAAAUGAGAUAUUGUCUUGGCCUAUUUGGAUUCCAUUAGCUCGACUUAAUUAUUCAUGCUAUUUAGUUCAUACUAUGAUACUUCAUAUUAUUAUAUUCAAUCAAACUAUGCCUUUCUAUUAUCAAGGACAUCUCGUAAUAAAUAAUUUUAUUGCACAUAUAUUUUUUAGUUACGUUGCAGCUAUAUUAGUUGCUAUUUUUUUUGAGACACCAUUUUUUAUUGUCGAAAAAAAAUUGUUUAAACGAUAA